UUUCCGUCUACCGCCGGUGGCACGGCCCAGGCUAGCGUGGAGCGUGCGUCGGCGUCGCGGCCAGCAGAGGGAUUCUGGGUAACGGCCCCGGCCCGCUGGGGCGGCUGGCUCGGCGUAGCUGGUUUCACUCACGCCAAGUCUGUUGGCAGUGGGCGUUGUAGGGCCUGGGGCAGCCUGACAUGGAACAACCAUGGCCGCCGCCAGGACCUUGGAACCUCCCUCGGUCAGAGGGUGAGGCAGAGGAAGAGAGUGACUUGGACGUAUCCCCGAGUUCUCCCCGCUGCCCACAACUGCCGGGCGGUGGCGCCCAGAUGUAUAGCCAUGGAAUUGAAAUGGCUUGCCAAAAGCAGAAAGAGUUUGUGAAGAGCUCUGUGGCAUGCAAAUGGAAUCUUGCUGAAGCUCAACAAAAACUUGGUAACUUAGCACUGCAUAACUCUGAGUCCUUGGAUCAGGAACAUGCCAAAGCACAAACAGCAGUAUCAGAACUGAGGCAACGGGAAGAAGAAUGGCGGCAGAAAGAAGAGGCUCUAGUACAAAGAGAGAGAAUGUGUCUGUGGAAUGUGGAUGCCAUUAGCAAGGAUGUUUUUAAUAAGAGUUUUAUUAAUCAAGGUAAAAGAAAAGAAACAGAAGAUGAUAAAUCAGAAUCAUUUAUGCAGAAAUAUGAGCAAAAAAUCAGACAUUUUGGUAUGUUGAGUCGAUGGGAUGAUAGUCAGAGAUUUUUGUCUGACCAUCCAUACCUCGUAUGUGAAGAAACUGCUAAAUAUCUUAUUUUAUGGUGUUUUCACCUGGAAGCUGAACAGAAAGGGGCUCUAAUGGAACAAAUAGCACAUCAAGCUGUUGUAAUGCAGUUUAUUAUGGAAAUGGCCAAAAACUGUAAUGUGGAUCCAAGAGGGUGUUUCCGUUUAUUUUUCCAGAAAGCCAAAGCAGAAGAAGAAGGUUAUUUUGAAGCAUUCAAAAAUGAACUUGAAGCUUUCAAGUCAAGAGUCAGACUUUAUUCCCAAUCAUCAAGUUUUCAACCUAUGACAAUUCAGAAUCAUGUUCCCCAUUCUGGUGUUGGAUCUAUAGGUUUAUUAGAAUCGUUACCACAGAAUCCAGAUUAUCUUCAGUAUUCUAUCAAUACAGCUCUCUGCAGUUUAAACUCAGUGGUACAUAAAGAAGAUGAUGAACCCAAAAUGAUGGACACUGUAUAAUUUGGUUAAGACUGCUGAGGCCAAGUGCUAUUUUGUUACAAGAAAGGAAGAACUUGGCUAUUUUCUUGACACUUUUAUGGGUGCUGCACUUUAUUUUUGUUUGGUUUUUGAAGGGAGGAGAAAAAAAGAGUACUGAAACGUUUUGUAAAUUUUUUUUAUGUGCUGCUAGGUUUUUUGUUUUUGUUUUUUGUUUUUUCCCUGAAGAGAGGAAUGGUACAUAUGUUGUAAGAAGUCAAACUGGACCUUUUUUGCUACUAAAUUUGCCUUUAAUCUGUUCUCAAUUUUGGAAUCAAAGUAUGAAAAUCUGCACAAAUGCAAUUGUUUACAAGAACUGCUGGUUGAUUCUAGGAGGCAUCUGCUAUAGUCUUUUUUUAUAUGGAUAUGUAUAUGCCCUACUCUACAAAAACAAUUAAAGAUAAAAAUGUACCUGUAUCUUACUGCUAAUUUAGCUGUCAAAUCUGGUGUUUCAUCAUAUUAAAAGCAAUAAAUCAGUAGUUGAUAAUCUACUUUACUAAAUAAGCUGGGUGACACAAAUUAAAGUCUUUCCCCUUAAAAUAAUAUUACAUUUGUAUUUUCGGCACCAUCAGAUAAAUCCUUGACUAUGAUAUAUCAAUUUAUACAGACACUAAAUUAAUCCUCUAAGUGUUCUCAAAACCGUAUUCUUCAGUUCAUUUUACCCUGUUGGCUUUUUAAUAUUUAGGGUUAUAGUGAUUUAAAAGGUAACAAAGCUAAUACAGAUUUUUUUUUUUUUUUAAGUAAGAUCAAGCUCACUCUUAAUUCCUUUACUUGAUAUAGUCUGAGAUCUCUCAGGGAGCAAGUUUUAAAAGAAUACUAAUGGCCUAUAAGAACAAAGAAGAAGAGUCUGAUUUUUUAAAUUAUAGUUAUUGUUUGUUUCACUCUGAUGUAGCUGAAGGACUUCCCUUUUAAAAGUCUCGUAGAACUGUCUCAAGCUGCAAACUACUUAUUUUUAAGAAUUUUGUGAUCCUUAUUGGUAAUGAUGGCUUUUACUGCAUUUGUCAUUUCCUCUGUAUAGCUCAGUUACCAUAGAACACUUCUGGGCUUUACUACUUCCUAUUUAAUUCACUUUAAAUAUGUCAGGAUAUUUCAUGAUGCAUUUUAUUUGGAAUUAGAUGACAGUGCUAAUUAUGCUAUCAUUAUUUGAGGAUUAAUCUUCUGACUUAUAAGUACAUGAGCUUUGAUUUGUAUUGGUUAUAAUCUUUGGUUCAGUCCCAUUGAGACUAGUAGCAAACAUUUGGAAGAUGGAUAACUGGGAUUAGGAAUACAUGCCUCAACUUGAGAAACCAAAUAUUGCUAAGUGACCCACAUGGUGAUCAGACCUGUGACUGUGGCCUCAUUUGCACCUUAUUUUAACUAACUUAGGUGACAAGACACUUAAUACCCAUAAAAAUGGACUGGAAUUAUUGAAUCAUACUUAUGUAACAUCACAAUCUUCCUGGUUUUCAGAAUAAAACUUGUGUUUUUGAUAUAAAGAUUAUAAUAAAAUGUUUGACUAAUUUAUACAGUACUAUUCAUCAGCUUGUAAAAUUUUUCUUUUAACCAGUGACCUAGUUAUAGAGGUUUUUUUUCUCUCCCUUUUUUUCUGUUCUGGAGUAAGCUCUUGUUUUUUCCUUCCCAUCAAACAAUGGACACGAGUAAAAUCCCCAGUUUCACAAAAAUGUUACUUGAACCAUUACUUUCCAUUCCUAAACUGUACUUUUCCCCAGGAUUUGCCUAUAAGCACCCAAAUUGUUUUGAAUUUCAUUUUGCCUUUAAGUUAGAGGUAUUAAUGACUGUAGACUGGAAGAAAUUAUCAACUGAGUAAACUGUUUCUGAAGGGUUUUUUGUUUUUGUUUUAAAAUAGGUAUUAUUGAAGAGCUGAUUAGAUUUGGCUGUGUGUGUGUGUGUUCAAAAGGAAGUGUUCUGUGUUUUUAAUGUAAAAGUGUGAUUGAAUUCAUUUUGGGAACCACUGACUACUGCCAUAAUUUGCACUUAGAGACUAAUUUUUACAUAUUUAGCAAUACUGUAGUACUAAGAACAGUAAAUUGACAUCCUUUUCAUUUUUCUUUAUUUUUCUUUAGCACAAAGAACUAACUCCUAUUAAGAGGAAUAUUCUCUUUUCUUUUAAAUAAGAGUAUACUAAGCAAAGGGAUAAUUCAUUUUUCAGGUUGGACAAAUUAUACAAACCAUGGAAGGUCAAAAUAGAUAAAUGAAACAUCUUUGAUGUCAAAGUAUCCAUCAAGGAUUCUUGUUUCAUUUGAUUAAAUUAAUAUUCUAAUAAAAUAUUUUUAAAAUAGCUAUCACUCCAUUUAUUCCCCAUUAAUUCUGUCAUUUUAUCAACAGUAGUGGAGAUAAUACUGAUUUAAAAUUAUUCUCUAAGAGAGAGAUGGGUAACAUUUUCAUCCAAUUCCAUUAGUGGGCUCUUUCAAAUUUUGCCAAUGAGUUUACAAUUGCUUAUAACUUCUCUUUAAGAAAAUUGGGUCUUCUUUCAGAUUAGCAUUCUUAUUACUUUUUAAAAAGUGAAUUAACAUGCUGCCCAAAGAAUAUAAAUCUAGGAAGUGGAAAUGAAAAUAUAAUGGGUUUAGACAAAGUUAUCCUGAAGUUAACCUUGGGGUAUUUUCAGAGAAAAAUAAAAAGAUAACAAUUUACUGUUCUCAAAGUCAGUUCUUAAAUUGAUAUGAGAUAGAAAUGUACUUGUUUGGGUUGGGGUCAGGCUUUUUAUUUCAGUUCUGCCUCUAUAUAAUACACAUUUUAAUAAGUUCCUAAAAUGCUAUGCAUCCAUUUUCCAUCUGUAAUAGAUAUAUAUGUACUGUAUCACAGGUUUGAGAAGCUGAUUCAUCUAAUGAGUAUUUGCUUGCUUACUAUGUAAGCUAAUGGGGGGUGGGAAUACGAAGAUGAAUAAAAGUUGAUUAUGAAUUAC